ACUACAUGUUCCAGCGAGAGAAGAGACCGAAAGAGACAGUUGAAGAGCUGCACACGCUAUCGGAAAAGCUGCAAAUACUAGCACUAUCAACACAUUGCCGACACAUGUCCCGCAGCCGGUUGAGCUCCUUCAGCUCCUUCCUUCCCUGCAGCCAUUCUGCUCUCUGCCGGGCCAGAUUCAGGAGCAGCAGUGCCGCCUCCUACCCCCCGCAAUUCAUCCCUGCUCCUCAUCCAUGGUGGUCAGUGCGGGGAUUUCCCCCCUGGCCUCCUCGACCCCCUCACUCCCACCCAGCAACCCUUCAGCUUUUCAUUGGUCGUGCAUUACACCUUCAGAAUAUCCACCCUCGAUUAUUCUUCACCUCUGCCGGCCUGAUGAUGGAGCGCCCUGACAGAGAGAGAGAGCCUCCUCACAAAAGGAGGAAGAGUACAGAGGAGAAGAGGAGUGUGGAAGAGAGGGGAGGACACAGAGGAGGAGUAGCAGGGGCACCAGGAGGCAAGGCCAAGGAUGGAAACUCUAAAAGGGAGCACCGUCACCUGGAUCCCAGCUCAGACGGCCACCCUCGGCCAAACCACUACUUAAGAGAUGGAAGCCGAGACAGAAGAAAGAAUGGCACUGGGGCAGAUGUCAGUGGGGAAAACAGCAGAGGUAAAACUGUAGAGAGGACUCAACCAGAGAGGAAAGACAGCAGAAGUCAGGAAGAAACUUUGACUCGAGGGAGAAGCGAACACCAGCAAGGAAGGCAUAAAGAUUCACAAACCGCAGGGUCUAGGACUCAAACCUCGAAGUCCAAACCUGAGCAGGAUGCAGUUCCCAUGCAGAAACCUAAACUCAGCCCCUGGUUCACAGAGAGGGGUGCAGAGGAGCAGCGAAGGGACAGAGGCAGUGGUGGAGGACAGUGGAUGGGGCUUCUUUCACAGCCUUGCAGCACCACGUACCCCCCCAAUCCAUGGCAGGUAGCUGGAGCCGGCAGGCAGCCUCCUCCACCUGGAACAUCCCCACCUGUCAGCCAGCAGCACGAGGCUGCACCAGUGAAAUCUCUUCAGAGGUGCUGGGAGUUCUCUCCUGACUGCAGUACCUGCCUCCAGCCACCAGGGUUCAGGACAGCCUUUGACUUCUCUGUGAUGUCCUACAACAUCCUGUCUCAGGAGCUGCUGCAGGACAACACCUACCUGUACCGACACUGUCACCCCAGUGUGCUGCCCUGGCACUACCGGCUGCCCAACCUGCUGGCGGAGAUCCAGCAGCACGACGCUGAUGUUUUGUGUCUUCAAGAAGUCCAGGAGGACCACUAUGAAAACCAGCUUAAACCUUCACUAGAGAAACUAGGUUACCAGUGUGAGUACAAGAAGAGGACCGGCAUUAAGCCGGACGGUUGUGCUGUCGUCUUCAAAGCAUCCCGCCUCUCACUUGUCUCCUCUAAUCCUGUGGAGUUUUUCCGUCCGGGCGACGCCCUCCUCGACCGGGACAAUGUGGGAAUGGUUGUGCUGCUGCGACCUAAUAGCGGCAUGGGCCAGCUGGACCCUUCCACCUUUAUCUGCAUCGCCAACACUCACCUCCUCUAUAACCCCCGCCGUGGCGAUGUGAAGCUGGCCCAGCUUGCCAUCCUAUUGGCUGAGAUCAGCCGGCUGUCUCGCCUCCCGGACGGGUCGACCAAUCCGGUUGUACUGUGUGGGGAUUUGAACUCAACCCCCUGGAGUCCGCUGUACAGUUUCCUGACCACAGGCUGCCUGGACUACAGAGGAAUGCAGAUCGGAAUGGUGUCGGGUCAGGAGAACAGUCCUAGAGCUCAGCGUCUCCUCACAUGUCCAAUCUGGUCUCAGAGUCUGGGAAUCAACCAUCAGUGUCAGUACGAGGACACCGUGGCGGCAGAGCCGCCGUCCUCCUGCAGCCCCACAGCAGUAGAAGGAGCGAUCUCCAGCCUGACUAUGGAGGACCUGGCCGCCAAAGCUGCUGCUGCUUUCAGCAGAGCGAGGAUCGAGCACAGCCUAAAGCUGCAGUCAUCCUACCAGCACUGCCUGAUGCUUGAUGGGAGGCCUGAAAUCACCACCUUUCACUCGCGCACAGCCAUGACGGUCGAUUACAUCCUGUUUACUCCCGAACUGAUCACCCCUCCUUCACUUCCUGGUGGGCGGGGCCUCCAGCUUUUGGGCAGGCUGUCAUUGGUCGGCCAGUCGGAGCUGGAGGAAGUUAACGGCCUGCCCAAUCAGCAUCACUCGUCCGACCACCUCCCUCUCCUCGCUCGUUUCCGCCUCCGGUACUGACCCGGAGUCGCUGGACACCUGAUCACAGCUGUCGUGCACAGUGCAGAGAGAGUACAGCUCAGGGAAGAUGGGACAUUUGGAGAUGCACACAAUAAUGACAGUUUAGUUCAAGCGAAAGGCUGAAAGUCUGAUUUUGAGUUCGUUCUCUGCAGUAAACAAACCUCAGAGUAGUGUUUUUUUUUUUUUGGUACAACUGUGUUGUCCAAGAAGAAAAGUAAGCCACUGAAACAGACAGAAAAACCCAAAACCCACUUAAUCAGUUAAAUGUGAUGUGACCCACAGUGUCGCUAAAGAAGAAAAAAUUAAAUGCAAACCUCACUUGUCCCCCUGCGUCACAUAACUAACAGACUUAAGCAAAGCUUGAAGGUUUUAUUUAUUGGUGUUUAGUUUUUUAUUGCUGUUUUCUGUCAGCAUGGGAAUCUAUGAAGGGGGACAUUUUAAAUUUACAAUGUGAAACUCUUUCUCUUGUAAUUUGACUGUAUCAUAAGAAAAUAAAGUUUGUAAUUUUAUAUUAUAUAGAUAAAAUUAGCCUUUACAGAAUAUUAAAAGUCAACACUUUCCCUGCAGAUUCAGGCUGUCACGUCCUGUAGACCAGCACAGGCGGACACACUUGUUGCCGUCGGUCAUUAUGUUGGAAUGAAACUCCACCAGUGUGUUUAUCUCAUGGACUUUGUGCUGUAAUUUCAGACUUGCAAAUAACCAACAGGUACCAAGGGUGAAUAUAUUUUUGAAGCAUUUUGGAAAGAGAUUUGGGUAGUUGGUCUGUAAAUAAUGUGUUUUGACAAUUUAUUGGAAACCCCUCUUUAUUCAUACUAAGUAUUAGUGGUUUUAAUUGUUUAUUUUUUUUAAUUGGAGGAAUGAGCCACAGUUUUAUUUAAAAGCCUAAAACAUGUCUUGUAACCUUUCUUUUUCCUGUUCCUUCUCCUCAGCACACAGUAAGGAUGCCCUUUAGUGGUGGCACACAGCAUUACACCAGUCUUAGUCUUAGUCCUGAUAUUCGAUCUCAGGCUUUCCUAGACUAUUGGGAAAUCAACAAUAGUUUAUUUCAUUACAACAUCCAAAAGCAGCACAGACCUCUGGUGUGUUCUACCUUGUGAAGAUGACCAAUAACAGAAGCCAGCAAAAGUUCUAAAUGUUUGUCUAUCCAGUAGCUGGAUAGCAUUAAGGGCCCAAGCUGACACUGCCCUGACAGUGAACUAAACUCCAGCUUACCAUAUUUCAUAUACACUACUGGUUAAACUCCAGCUUAGCAGGGAAAAGGGCAUCCUGUGCCCUGACAAGGAAGUGAACCCCACCCACCCAAGGGGGUGCUUGGUUUGAUGCAAGGCACAACUCAGGAGUACUGAGGUUUAGUGUGAAUCAUACCUGAAUCUGAUUGGACAGUGACAGACAGAACAGAGUUACAAUUGUCCAAUGAGGUAGUAGCUGGGUUCUUCAAGUUAGUCUCCUGGUGGCAUGUCUGUAAGUUUGGUUGUGGUGGAGACUCAAGACGGAGACCAGCCGGAGGUGUUCUGCUACUCAGGUGGGUCACAUUAGAAAAUCACCUAAACAUUUCAGUGUUGCGUUUUGUAUGUAGGCGGCGCGCAGUUGCUUCGCUGUUAACAAAGUUGUCUACAUGUAUAUUUUCUAUUCCAGGUGGGAUACUUUAUCUGGCGUUAGCAAACCUCUGCUAGCAAGAAACAUUUCGAGGGUAACGUUAGCCGUUGCUUUGCUUGUUGUCAGGCUAAUUGUAAAACCUGUUCAGUCUAGGAGAAAUCUCUUAGAGCUGACUUGUAACUUAUUCCCUGUUGGAUGUGUAGUGUUGUAAAUGAAAGAACUCCUCUAGUUUUACAUGUCCCUUUAAUGUAGAAGUCUUUAUAUUUAAUGUUAAUCGUGCCG